AUGGCUUCAGGUGAUCUAGUGGAUAUUACCACUGCUUGUUAUUCACAGGGGAUUUGCAAUGUUCUAGGAGUGGUGGUCGAUGCUCUACCAAUCUUUCGGACGAGAGGUUCGUCGGCCUGCGUUACAUUCACCAUCAAAGACUCUGAUUUUGAUGCACCAACCUGGCGAGGUGGUCUCAAAGUCAAAUAUUUCAAUGAUAAUGAAAGCUAUCUCCCCAAUGUCAAGCUUAAAGAUGUAGUCCUACUACGAAACGCCCGGGUGACAAUUUACCAGAACAAACCAACAGUGGUUGUUUCUCAGCAAUCCAGUGUGUCAUGGGUUAUUUUUCGACCAGAACGUUUGAGUUCCAGCCCGUUCACUAUCAGUGGUCCUACUCCUCUUUUCGAGCCGAGUCUGAAGGAAAAGGACCAGGCACAGUCACUCCUGGAUCGCGUAUCUACCGAAGGAAUCACUGUGCAACAAUCCACGUCGUGCAGUACACCCACCUCUCGACAGCCUUCUCAUGUUCAGGCCCCUGGUCCGGUCCCAAAAUCCGGAGGGUUACCGUGUAUCCCUAUUCAAGAUGCGAAGAUUGGCAAAAUGUGUCAGUUACUUGGCCAAGUUGUGAGCCUCAAUACUUAUGACAGCCAGAAAUGUCUACUAUACUUGACCGAUUUUACCGAGAAUGAGGAUCUUGUCAACUACAAGAAACCCGGAGAUGAAGAUGAUGAAUCAGGGCCUGAAGGCGACCGAUUUAAUUACAUACACAAAACAAAGAACUGGCCAGGCCCAUGGGGAAAAUUGACCAUUGAGGUGGCUUUAUGGGAGCCGCAUGCUACUUAUGCCCGACAAAACCUCAAGGCAGGUGACAUCGCUUUGUUGACCUAUGCCCGUAUCAAGGAAUGCCGUCGUGGCUUGGAAGCUGCCGUUCAUGAAGACAGAAAGUACCCAGAGAAGAUCCAUGUUCGGAAGAUGAAUGGUAGCACUGAUGAGCGUGUACAAGAAUUGAUGAGCCGUCGGACGGAAUAUUGGAAGAUCUAUGGUGAACCUAAGGCAGAUACCAAAAAGGCCAAAAAAAGGAACAAGAAAGUCGAGCAGCAAAAGGAGGCCCAGAAAGAAGGCCAACUGACCAUGCCAGCAGCAUCACGGAUCAAGUUGAACAAACACGUCAAAACAAAAAAUUACACAGUGCCCAAUGUCCCUCUCGAGAAGAUUUUAUUGGCAGAAACGCAUAUAAAUAAUGCUCCAGGGGGGGUUGUCUACCAGCUUCCCUUUCAAAAUGUCCAUUAUCACUCCCAGGUUCGAGUGAUCGACUUCUUUCCGCCAAGGGUAGAAGACUUUGCAGUUCAAACCAAUAUCGAGUCUAACUUCGCCUGGGAAUGGCGAUUUUGUCUGCUUGUGGAGGGAGUUGAGCCUAAACCUUCCAAACAACAGCCCCGAGAAGUGAUGAAACUCUAUGUGUGCGGUCAAGACGGUGAUUUUCUUCUUGACGAUGAUGCAUGCAAUCUCCGCGAUAACUUGCCGAGGCUGGAAGCAAUAAAAGAGAAGCUCUUCCUCCUAUGGGGAAAUCUCGAGGAGGAAAAGUCGAAAGCUAUGGCCUCUGGUCAACAGAGUUGGGGCCCAGUGAAGUCCUGCCCAUUUGAGUGCUGCAUCAAGGAAUAUGGCGUUCAAUGCACCCAUCGUAAUGAUCCCAAUAUCAUGGAUGUCGACGGCGAAGUGUGCACCCACCCUGGUUGUUUUGGAUGGGAGAGACGGUUUGCCCUCUUCGGCACGACUAUCCAUACAUAA